AUGGUUCGCAUCACCCAUCAAAAGUCUGAAGAACUAGGUCGCCAACAAUUAGAAUUACAGGUUCUGAAUAAGAGAAAACCAGUUGGACUUCUGCCCAACCCAGCAGAGGUCUCGGACAAUUCCGAUGUGUUUGUCAUGAAAGGCACGAACGAGGUCUUCACAGAUUAUGAGCAAUAUCUGAAACGAUAUGAUUGGUUAAGUCAAAGGAAGUUUACAGACGGAGUCAACGGAAAAACUGGUCUCACAUACUGGGAAGCAUUAGAAUCUGAGACGAAAAGCUCCGCGACGAUCGAGAAUGUCUUUCCUGAAGUUUUGCGCCAUCCCAUACUUCGUCAAGUGCAAUUCUCGACGAUAUCUCGCAUGGACGAAUUAGUCAACACAGUUUUUGAAGAGUUCAAGCAUGAUUUCUUCCCCGGUGAAGAGGUUCUGGUCGUUUUUGAUGCUAGCGAUCAGUCAAGAGGCGUCAUUCGCGAAAAAGCAAAGUUUCCCAUGAUCAGAGGACCCGACGGAUCGGUACAACGCGAGCCCUUUGCAAGAUAUUUCGUCCGACUAAAAGACUCUGAGGAAGAAGCACUUCUUGACGACAAACAUGUACGACGCGAUCGAAAUGUUUUCACUAAGCAGAAUCUGCGAGCGUUUCUCAAAAACUCACUACAACGCGAGAACUGGAUUGGCGCUCCAUGGCUCGUGAAAGAGCCUUUGGCGAUACACUACCGACUACCUAUGGAGAUUCCAUUUCAUCUGCUUCAGGAUUCCCGCCCUGUUGCCAACAAGCAACAAAUGCUUCAAGUUCGACCAGCGAAGGCCACGAAGCCGAAGAAGAAUCCACAACUCUAUCGUCCUUUUCCCGACGACGGAGAUCUCAUUCCGAUGGUCAAGCGCAUACUUCCCGGCGAGAUUGACUUUUCGUCAAUGCCCAAACCGCCACCGCCGCCGCCUCCACCGCCGCCCAAAUAUCCAAUCGAAGACCUGGAACUUGCGCCGAGAAGGAAUGGGGUGACGAGACCGGAGCUUAAAUUCUGGACUGACGAAAUGGCGGAGUUUGUCAAGGCCAAGGACAAGUCUGCAUACAAGUUCUCCGGACUGACCAUGAAAUCCAUGGGAGCAUUGCUGGAGAUCUGGAACACUCUCAAUGUCCAGGCGGAAGUAUACGUGCUCGACAGUUUCACCUUUGACGAUUUCGUCGACGCGAUGACUUACUCCCCGGUCGACACGCCUUGUACGCUGACUGAAGAGAUCCAUUGCGCGGUGCUCAAAUUGUAUGUCGAUGAAAGUGGCAAAGUUGUCGUCAAGGAUCUGCCUGAGAUCGAGGAAGAAUCAGAAGACGGGUCCGAUGAAGAAGAAGAGGAGGAAGAAGAGAGUGAGAUCCAGACCCCUGUUCUAGACGUGCCGGCGCGCUCCACACGCAGCCGGAGAAGUUUGAUAGAGGCACCUGUCGAAGUCGCGCCCCCGCCGGUAGAGGAUAAGAAGAAGGGAAACCGGGCAGUAGAGAUGUUGGGAAAUCAGAGUUGGACCGAGCGGCUUGUCGCGCGGGAUUUCGAGGAUGGCGGAUGGCAGGUCAUCAUUGUUGGCCUCUUGCAUCAACUCUCAGCAGCACCUUACUACCAGGAACUAUGCGAAACACUCUUAGCUGAACUGGCACCGGACGACGAGGAUGCCACACGAGAGACUGCCGCAAGACGAUUCGCCGGAAUAAACGUCAACCUCCGGAUAGCAAUGCUGCAGGUGCUCGUUCUAUUGACGAUCCGCACCGACUCCAUCAAGAGCUUCCUCGACACUUGCAGCGAAGACAUGACCGAUGUCCGGAAACGAAAGAUUGAGCAUCAGCGCGAGAGGAAACUAGCGGUCGACCAACUCCACGCGAAAGAAAAGGAGCGAAAACUUCAAGCACCAAACAAUAUGCCCGAACCUGCUUCGCCCAAGAUUGAGCCCUCUGAAUUGGAAGUAAGCGAGAUGAAAGACGAUACUAUCGAGAUCAACGGAAGUGGCGUCUUUGAUUCCGAUGAUGAUGCUCGAUCAGCUGGGAGGGCGUUAAGGCGUGGCGUGGACCGUAAGCGGAAGCGCGACGAGGAGGCUGCUCGUCGGGAGAAGGAACGCGCUGAAAAAGCCGAAGCUGCCAGGUUGGUCGCCAAGCAGACGAAAGAAUAUCGGAAGCUGCUCAGUGAGAUCGAUGGCCUCAAGAAGAAGAUCAUGGAGCUGGAAGCGAAAAUCGACGAUUGCGAUGACGAUCUACGCGAGGCUAACGUCCAGCGCACGAAAGUCCUCGGCAAAGAUCGAUACUGCAAUCGCUAUUACUGGUUCGAACGGAAUGGGCAGCCGUUCGCCGGCCUUCCACGAUCAAGCACGGCUAGCUACGGAUAUGCGAACGGUCGUAUAUGGGUACAAGGCCCAGAUGAGCUCGAGCGGGAAGGUUUCAUCGACCGCACCAAAGAAGAACAACAAGAGUAUCAAAGGCUGUUCCACUGCACCGUCCCCCAACGCCGCGAGGAAGAAGAAGGCCGGACAAUCCUCCGCGACGCCGACGACUGGGGUUACAUCGACGACCCCGAGCGCCUCGACGCACUGAUCGGCUGGCUCGACGACCGUGGCGAGCGCGAGAAGAAGCUCCGCAAGGAACUCCUCGAAUGGCGCGACAAGAUCGUCACCUACAUGAACGCGCACCACACCUUCUUCGCCGCCGAGCAGGCCCGCCAGUUGGAGGCCGACGAGGAGCUGGCCUCGCGCCGCGCCAAUGCCAUCUCCACCCGCCACAAGGUCCAGGAGGACCACGUCGCGAGCCUCCCGCGCUGCACCAAAUGGACGAACUCCAUGGCCCUGGACGACCUGGGCCAUCUGCAUUCGCGCCCGCCCCGGAGCAAGGCGAAGCGGCAACGGAAAUCGGAUACGUCGGGGACCUCGGCGGCGGCGAAGGGCGUCGCGGUCGUCUUGGGCAAGAACGGGAAACCGUUGGCUCGGCAGGGGACGAAAUAG